UCUGCUCAACCACCGUCUCACGCUCACUGCCCUACGUAAACAAACUGCAGCGGACCGCGAUCACAGGCAGACGAAGAUAAUCGUUAUCCGCGAGACAGCGAAUCCGACUCCCUUCUUUGGGCGGUUGUGUUCGCGCAAAGUUAAUCUGAUCGAAGAGUGUGCAUAGAAUACUUAACCGCUGAGCGCCCGCAGCAGAUACAACACAGAGAACAUAAGCAUGGUUCUAACAAACGACGACGCACCACGGAAAGGGGAACUACCGGAAAGGAAAUAUCUGGAGACGCUCGAGGAAGGUGCCAACAUUUCGGUGGAUUACGGUGACGUCAAACUGCCCGAAUGGUACGAUGAGGCCAAAAUUAAAAGAGCGCAAGAGUUCUUCAAGCGCAACUUUUACGCCAUGUUCGUCGGGAAGCUGUGUGGCCUACUUGCCAUCGUUACUGUGCCUUCAAUUUUGCGCAUCUUGGUCCACACGAACCAGUCGUCCGAACCGCGGAGUGCAUAUCGACGCUACGUUGCGACCAUAAUGCAUACCCUGGAAUGGUACUACGAGGAUAUGGUUCCCACGUCUAGAUCCUGGAAAUCGAUCACAUACGUAAGGAAAACGCAUGCUGGCGUUAGUAAGCAGGCGGCAACGUUAAGGCCCGAUAUGAUCAUAUCCCAGCGCGAUAUGGCGAUCACACAGUUUGGCUUCAUUGGUUAUGUUAUUAUAAGCUAUCGCAAGCUUGGCAUAAAGUACGAUCGGAAGGAUAUGGAGGCGUUCGUACACUUUUGGCGCGUUAUCGGACACAUGAUGGGAAUCGAAGAGCGAUUCAAUGCCUGUACGGAUCGGUUCGAAACGACCGAGCAGCGUAUGUUGCUGAUAGCGAACGAAAUACUCAAACCGGCCCUUCUCCACCAUACGGCCGAAUUUGUCAAGAUGGGCAAAGCACUCAUCGAAGGGCUCUGGUGCUUCAAUCCAUUCAUCGAGUUCGAUAGCUUUCUGUUCCUUACGAUGCGGCUCAACAAUGUGCCCGGCUACCACUACUGGGACGAUGAGGUAACACCGGACCUGAAGGCAUCCGAAGGGCAGCUACGCCAUUACGAACGGUUUAGCCGUUACGCUCGGUUUCUGCUGUACUGUGUGUGCUACAUCCACUCGGUACUGCUGUACAUAGCCGUGUUCCGGUGGUACUUUAACGGGCAGAUGAUUAUGUCCCGGUUUUUGAUCACGUACUUCCCCUUCCUGGCCUUCUACCACUUCGGUGUGAGAGACGCGUACGUUAGAAUAUUGAAAUGAGUUUUUGAGCUCGGUUUUUCAUUAGAGUAGAAAUUGUUGUUACAAAAUGUUAUACAAAAAUUACAAAUGGAGGCUUUUUUUAAAGGCGUUAAAACUGCAGCGGAACAAGGCAAAGAUUUCUCAUUUUGUAAUACUCUUGUAAUGUUACCCAUUUCGCGUUAUUUAUACGCAAAAGUGUUAAAUAAAGUUUUGUACAGGCCAUCGAGCAGACCUACAAACUGUUCUGCUGCUUAAUGGCCAGAAACAGAUUAAA